AUGCGGGCGCCACUCUGCCUGCUGCUGCUCGUCGCCCACGCGGUGGACAUGCUCGCCCUGAACCGAAGGAAGAAGCAAGUGGGCACUGGCCUGGGGGGUAACUGCACGGGCUGUGUCAUCUGCUCAGAGGAGAAUGGCUGCUCCACCUGCCAGCAGAGGCUCUUCCUGUUCAUCCGCCGGGAAGGAAUCCGCCAGUAUGGCAAGUGCGUGCACGACUGUCCCCUCGGCUUCUUCGGCAUCCGCGGCCAGGAGGUCAACAGGUGCAAAAAAUGUGGGGCCACCUGUGAGAGCUGCUUCAGCCAGGACUUCUGCAUCCGGUGCAAGCGGCGGUUCUACCUGUACAAGGGGAAGUGCCUGCCCAGCUGCCCACCAGGCACCUUGACCCACCAGAACACGCGAGAGUGCCACGAGGAAUGUGAACUGGGCCCCUGGGGCAGCUGGAGCCCCUGCAUGCACAAUGGGAAGACCUGUGGCUCUGCCUGGGGCCUGGAGACCCGAGUGCGAGAGGCUGGCCGGGCCGGGCAGGAGGAGACGGCCACCUGCCAGCUGCUGUCUGAGUCAAGGAAAUGUCCCCUCCAGAGGCCCUGCCCAGGAGAACGCAGCCCCCGCCAGAAGAAGGGCCGGAAGGACGGGCGGCCGCGCAAGGACCGGAAGCUGGAGCGCAGACCCGACGGGAGGCCACGCCAGCCCGGGGCGCAGUGA